UCAACAAAAUGUUCAAAUUCAUCGCUGUUAUCCUUGCUUUGAUUGCCUGUGCUGCUGCCAAGCCCGGAUUUGCUUACACUGCUCCCGCUGGAGUUGUUACUGCCACCAGCAGCCAAUUUGUUGCCCGCAACCACAAUGGUAUUGUCUCGACUCCCGUUGUUGCUCCCGUAGCUGCUCCUGUUGUUGCUAAAACUUUUGCUGCUCCAUUUGUAGCUCCAGCUGCCUAUGCUGCUCCUUUGGCUUACUCCGCUCCUUUGCACUAUGCCGCUGCUCCAGUUUUAUUUUAAGGUGUAAUAACUGAUGACGACUUGGUAUAAGAUUUUUAGG